AUGUGUCCAGAAUGGAGUAUCACGUUAUUUUAUGAGUCCUACGACGAGCACACUAGAUGGAAAGUAAAUACUCACUCCAGUCUAUACACCUUGCCAGCUGUCAACCGGUGAAUAAACAAGACACACCCAUUUAUUUCUAUCAUCUACACUGGAUGACCUAGAUUCUGACGUAGAUUCACGCCUGUAUGGUAUGGAUACACACACACACACGACACAUACGGAGGGUCGGAGUGUACUGUAGGAGCUAGUCAGCUGAUAGUCUCAUACAUGUGCCGAAUAGUAGUUCAUAUAUUACAAUGUGAAUCUAGAUUACUCUGAACAAGGUAACAUGGCGAUUUUCUAUCGAAUCGGAAAUAUCUAGGGUCCAAUGCUGGUUUGGUUUAAAUACAGAAAUGUGCUCGGUAACCCGCUCGGCAGGAUGUGACACUAACAUCUUCCAACCAAUGCUGUUUGGGAAAUAUAAUGUGUUCAAAUGUGGGGCCAUGCCAUUGGUAUAGUGUUGGAAUUCUGUUGGUCACUUUCACAUUAACGUUUUACCCUGUGUCGUCGAACGUAGCCCUAUCCGACUUUUAUCCAUUUGGAGAAAUAAAUGGUGACACCGCCAAUAAACAGGAUGACGACGGUGGAUCUGAUAAAAUACCUCUCUCGGUGAAUUACACAUUUUAUGGAUUGGAUUAUACAUCACUUUACGUUAAUAAUAAUGGUCUGUUGACAUUUAAAAAGGAAAAGAAGACCUAUAAACCUCAAAGUUUUCCUCUCAAUGACAACACGUCCGUGAUAGCCAUUUUCUGGGCCGACAUAGACAUACAACGGGAAGGUGGAAAUGUGACGUACAGACAGACAACGGACGCCAGUCUUCUGAGAAGGGCAACAGAACAAGUGCGGAAGUAUUUCUUUUUGAGGAAAGAAUUUACGUGGAUGUUGAUUGCCACGUGGUAUGAAGUUGGAUUCUACGGAGCUUCCAACUCUGGCGAGCUAAAGAAAAACACCUUUCAGCUAGUGCUGGCUACGAACGAGGAGAAAUCGUUCGUGUUUUUUCUUUAUAACAAACUUCAGUGGACAACGGGAUCUAACAGCCGUGGAAACUCUUCCACGGGACUCGGAGGAAAUCCUGCUCAGGUCGGAUUUAAUUCAGAGGACAGAGUGAGUUACUUUACAGUGGAGGGAGCACAGACUGAUGCAGUCAUCAAUCUAACACGAACCAGUAACGUGGACGAGCCGGGGAUAUGGAUCUUUGGUGUAUCUGGUUCCGUGAUUAGAGAUGUACACUGUAACCAUGAUGUUCAAAUCGAAAUUGUGCCAAACACGGGAUUCAUGUUCGGCGGCGAGGAAUUAUAUGUCACAGGUCCGUGUUUCCAAUCGGAUCUCAAUGUUAUGGCGCGUAUUGUGCAAACGAACACAACAUUUCAAUGUGCAGUGAUUAACUUUGUAUCAGCCAAGUGCGUGUUGCCGCCUAUAUUCAGAACAGGGGAGGUAACACUGAAGUUAAAUCCUUAUGGCAUAAGCUGGAAUUAUUCUACUGUUCUGCAAAUAAAUAACGUAGCAACAAUGACGCCAAAGGUAGUCCGAAAGGAAAUCAACCAAUGGAUCGUCGGCAACAAGGUCGAGAUCUAUUGGAACUCAACAAGUCUUUCAUCUAGUCAGAAUAUGACUGUAGAACUGAUGGGGUAUCAGUAUAAUAACGGCACGCCGAACUUUACAAUAAUUAAUCCAUUGGAUGUCGACGGAAGUUUAAACUCAUUUGUAUUGCCGGAAUCCCUGAUGUCAUUCCAGACCGCCGCUGUUCGUGUCCGGGAGAAGUAUCCUGUGCCUGGGAGUUUACCGGCGGCGGUGUGGUCCGAUGUUUUCCCGGUACGAGUUAAUGCCAACUGGUCCUCAUUAAUGUGUAGUACCUGGAAUGUUACGGACAACCUCUUGCCAAGCAUUAGUAGUAACAAUCUAUCAUGUCCAAGCAUUGCUAAACAAGCGUCACGGGACACGGGACGGUUCGCAUCUGAUCCCCUUUGUAGAUUGGACAAUUUAAAUAAAUCUACAAAUUGUAUUUACAAACCUGGUGCUGUUCAAUGCUUUUUACGGAUUCUGCAAAGUGAAUCGAGUACCGGUGUGUCGUGUUGUUAUGAUGAUUCUGGGGAUUUAAUUGACAUUCGUGACAGUAAUGGAGGCGGGAGCUCAUUACGCUAUACUGUGCGAUCUCAGAAAGACGGCGCAGUGCCUUAUUUUUCCUUUUUUGAGGACGAUCUCCUCUCUUCAUUACAUUGUUGUCAAUAUUCUGAUUCUACUGACAUGUGCCAAUUAUUUAAAAAGAAACGUCCUCCCGUUACAUAUGAAGGGUAUGAACCACCCAAAGCAGCCCAAGCUGCGGGUGAUCCACAUUUGACCACACUAGACGGGAAAAACUACACAUUUAACGGUCUAGGCGAUUUUAUUUUGGUAGAAGACAUUUCGAAUGGAGUAGUGGUUGAAGUUCGUUCUGUGCAGGCGCAGGAUAUGAAAGGUAACUAUCAGAACGCCAGUAUUUUUUCGGGCGUUGCUAUGACGACAAGGGGAGUGUCUGACGUAAUUGAGGUAUAUAGUGACACCGACACAGUGUCACGGAUCCUGAUCAAUGGUCUCCUUGUCACACAACAAAUAUCUACCUCAGUUACACAGUUCAAAGAUUUAUCAGUAUAUAAAAGUAGGACAGACGAAACGACAGACAAUAUAUUGGUGGUGUUAGAAUCUACAGGUCUGUCUGUAUCCAUGGAUGUGACAUCCGACCUUAUCAACGUCCUUGUCGUGGUUGGGGACGAUCGGAUGAAAGGUCAUCUCCGCGGUCUUCUUGGCAACUACAAUGAUGACCCAAAUGAUGACUUCAUAUCGCGGACAGGAGAGCAACUCGCUGCUAACGCAAACAUGGAAGAUGUUCACUUUAAGUUUGGAAUGACUUGGGAAGUAAUCCAAAACCAGUCAUUAUUUUCAAGUGCUGUUCGUCAAGCAAAUGACUUUAUACCAACGUUCAGUGAUACUGAUGUGUUGCCAGUACGGAAUGGUACUGAGGAAAUGUGUGGGGAAAAUGUACAGUGUCGAUUUGACUUUCAAGUUACCGGGAAUGAAGCUAUAGCCAGAAGUACUGCCAAAUUCAUUGACAAAUUUAAUGUGCUGAAGGAAGAUUUAGUAAAGGUGGUGAGAUGCCCUUACUUAGACACACCUGAGAAUGGUGUGAAAAAUAUCACCGGUUACUUUCCUGGAGCGAACGUUACAUUAGAAUGUCUGCCUGGCUUCGUCGCUCUCAGUGGUGAUCACAGACAGACAUGUAAGGAAAAUGGGAGAUGGUCCGGAACCAGUAUAGUAUGUGCAGAAAAAGUGGUACAGACUGAUGAUGGGCAUUCACAAGAAAUCAUCAUUUACAGCUUAGGAGGUUUUGGUAUUGGUAUUCUCGCCACUAUCAUUGUGAUAUGCUUGAUAUGUCAAUAUCAACGACGAAAACCGAGAAAAAUCAUUGUAGAGGAGGAGUCUACUCCAGUAGAUCUACACAUUAUAUUCCCCCCGUCAAACAUUCCAAGGCCUAUGUUUGAGAAUGAGGAGUUCUUGGAAAUCCUUGAGCAACUGAAUUCCGGAGACGGGUUUAAAAUUCCACGACCAAGUUACGUCGAUCCGCAGAUAUUUGAAGAAUAUUUCUUCUAGUCAGGAAGAUCCUCUGUUUUGAUAAAAAGCUGUCAUUUCAAAACGUAUUUGAAGUCAGUUGCAUGUAUAGAAGCAGAAGUGAAUACAAAGAACAAGGUCCUGUGGAGCUUUUAAUGGACUCUAACAGACAUUCAUUACUCCAAGGACCCAGUGUGAAGUGUUCGGACUCCUUUUAGAGCUUUCUAUUCACAUCUAGUCAUGACAGUGAAGUGCUUUCCACCACAUGUCUGUAGGAUUAGAAUUUCAAUGCUGAUCAAUUCAUAACGGUGCUUUAUCAUGCUCUAAACGUUCAAAAGUAGCUGCUGUCCUGGAUUGCCGAUAAAAGUGUAUAAGCUUUGGUGAAAGCUUACUGAUCAAAAACAUUUCUGUUGAUUAUUUUUAUGGUCUAUGCAUUUCCCAUGAUGAAAAUGCAAUGUUUCAUUAAACACAUCCUUCUACCAUG